AUGAAGAUUUCCACGCUUCCACUUGUCAGCCUACUUCCAAUUCUCGCUCUAGCGUCUCCUCCUCACCAUAUUUCCUGUAUUCCACCACAAUCUUCCUCCAAUUCCUCAAAUACAUACGAUUACAUCGUUACCGGUAGUGGGCCGGGGGGCGGCACUAUCGCUACGAACCUCGCUCGCGCUGGCUACUCUGUUCUGUUGGUUGAAGCGGGCUCUGAUGCUUCGUUUGAUAUUCGCACCCAGGUGCUCGCUUUGAACGACUUCUCCAACACGAAUGUAGCGUGGCACUUUUUUGUCAAGCAUAGCGAUGAUGAGGAGAGGUUGAAGAGGUAUAAUUUACUCGUUUGGAGACUGGAGAAUGGGGAGUAUUGGGUUGGGAAGGAUCCUAGUGUCGAAGGAUAUGUGGGUGCUGAGAGGCUGGGUAUCUUCUAUCCGAGAGGUGCUACGCUGGGUGGAAGCGCAAUCAUCAAUGCAGCAGGCACAUUUCUGCCGAGUGACAGCGAUUGGGACUUCUUUGACAAGGGAGUGGAAGAUGGAAUUUGGAGCGCUAAACUGAUGCGCGAAUACUUCGAGAAGAUCGAGCAUAAUAACUAUCUCGAAGAAGGGACUCCUGGUCACGGGUUCACAGGUUGGUUGCAAACAAACAUCGCUGACCGUGCUACCCAUGCGGCCGCAACACUCCGAUUCAAGGUCUUCGAAGCGGCAUUGAAAAUGGUUGGAAAGGAUCCAGCAAAGGUUCUGGACUAUCUCACCAGCGAUGCUAACUAUCUGGAUCCAACGCGUGACCAGUCAGAGGGUCUGUGGUCCCUACCCUUCCAUGUCACACCGAACUGGAAGCGCUUCAGUCCACGCGACCGUAUUCUGGAAGCGCGUAAUCUGACGAAUGCGAAUGGAACACUGAAAUACCCGCUUCAUCUCCAGCUUGAAUCUUUGACCACAAAGGUGCUAUUUGACGACUGCAGCGGUAAUGGUACAAAGCCGCGUGCAGUUGGAGUCGAAUACCUUCAAGGCAAGUCAGUAUACAAGGCUGACCCACGCCGCAAUGCUUCCACCACAGGCACACUACAUCAAGCUUUUGCUCGAAAGGAAGUCAUUGUAGCCGGUGGCACAUUCAACUCGCCCCAGAUUCUGCAACUCUCUGGCAUCGGACCCAAAGCCCUCCUCGCGAAAUACAAUAUUUCCGUAGUCUCUGACUUACCAGGCGUUGGCCGCAACCUUCAAGAUAACUACGAGAUACCUAUUUACGGUAAUGCUCAGGUCAGCUUCGCGGCAGCGCCUAAUCCCGAUGCUCCCCAAUGCACAUAUGGUGCACCAGGCGAUCCGUGUCUCGAUCUCUGGUACAAAGGCGAAGGUCCUUAUUCGCGUGGCGGCUCAAACUCAAACGCCUUCCUCAUCAAAACAUCUCAUGCGGUCGAAGGCGAGAGAGACGAGCUCAUGUUUGCCAGCACAGGCGGCGCAUUCGCCGGUUUCAGUCCCCCUACACAACUUUCAAACCUCACAGGCUACCCUCCCACCACAUUCUCCUGGUCAACAGUUAAAAUCCACCCCCAGAACACUGCAGGCUACGUUCAGAUCCAGUCAGCAGACCCAGUCGAUACACCAGAAGUGAACUUAAACUACUUCGCCGAGGGCGCAGAAACAGAUCUCAACGCCAUGCUCGACACUGUCGCUUUCGUACGCAGAGCUUUUGCUUCGACUGAAGCACCGGUUGGGCCUGUAACCCCUGUUUCUCCCCCUUGUCCGCCUGCAGACAUCCUUGACACGGGUUAUUGUCGCGAUGUGCAGGUUGACAAGGAGUGGAUUCAAGACCAGGUUUUCGGUCACCAUCCUACGAGUACGAAUAAAGUUGGACCGGACUCUGAUCCCUUGGCUGUAUUGGAUACGAGAUUGAGGGUGAGAGGAGUAGAGAGACUACGUGUUGUAGAUGCGAGUGCGUUUCCCAGGUGUCCUGGAGCAUUUCCGGCGGUCAGUACGUUCCUGUUGAGUGAGAGGGCGACGGAUCUGGUGUUGGAGGAUGUAGGGAAGUGGUAG